AUAUACUUGACAAAGAAUCAAAUUAUAUGAGGAUAGAAGAAUAUGAAGGUGAAAUUCCUAAAGUCGGGCUUGCAACAGUGCCUAAAACAUAUUUUAAUUCAAUUGAAACAGUUAUUUCACAAUACCUUAUGCCAACAAUGGUUUUUAAGGUUUGUGAGCAAAUGCAAGAAUGUUUCUUUUAUGAUUGUAUUAAAAUCAACCAUACGGAUCUUGAGUCUAUAUUACAGGAACAAGUAAAUAUGGAUUAUGAUGAAGGAAUGCGUGAAGACAACUACGAGCUUAUGAAAGUUCAUUUGGUCAAUAUAGUUGAAAAAGUUGGAUAUGAACAAAUCGUUGAAAUUUGGAAAUUAGUAUUGUCUUGUGGAACUAAAAGACAAUAUAUUAUACUUACAGUAGAUGGUUCACAUAUAUGUACAUGUAAUCUUCUUAUAACACAUGGUUAUCCAUGUCGACAUUUUUAUAAAAUUUUACGUUGUUCAUCUCAAGCUAAAUGGCACAUUGGACUUAUUGCAAGACGAUGCGAUUUUGGAUAUUUGAAAGAGAUUCGCAAUUCAGAUGUUUAUACACCAGUAUUGCAAAAAAUUAAUAGUACACGCCAAAAAUAUAGCUGUGCACAAGGCAUAAUGCGAAAAGUUCUUGAUUUAGCAAUUUCUACUAAUUCGUAUGAUGAAUUAAUAGGCAUUUGUCAAACUUUUAUAUUAAAUAAGCAGCACAUUCAAGAAUCACAGCAAGAAAAAUCAUUACAAGAUAAAUCAUCACGAGAUGAAUCAUCACGAGAUAAAUCACUGCAAGAUGAAUCACCACAAGAUGAAUCACAGCAAAAUGAUGAAUUUAAUAUUGGAAAUCCAAUAAUUACAGCUCGAAGAGGAAGGCCUCCGGGAAGAGCAAAAAGUGCUGUUGAAAUUCAGGAAAAUCAGACAAAAAAACGUCGUUAUCUUCAACUGAUAAAUGUUAAUCAGGUAGUUAAUGAAUCUGAAAAUGUGCACAAUAGAUUAAAAGAAAAGGAUACACGCAAAACAUGUCAAAAUUGUAAGCAAAAGGGACAUAACAGAGCAACAUGUAAAAAUUGA